AUGACCGAUCUCCCCAAAACGCCCUCAUUCCGGCUGGAGGGACGGCGCACGCUGGUCGCCGGCGCAUCGAGCGGCAUCGGGCUGGGCUGCGCGGUCGCGCUGGCCGAAGCCGGGGCGCAUGUGGUGAUGGCCGCGCGCGGGCGCGAAAAGCUGGACGCCGCCGUCGAAGCGGUCCGAGAGGCGGGUUUUUCGGCAGAAGCCAUGACGUUCGAUGUCGCCGAUAUCGGGGGCAUGCGGUCGGCGCUUGCCGGACAGAAACCGUUCGACGUGGUGGUCAAUUCGGCGGGCCUGGCGCGGCACGCGCCGGCGCUUGAGACCACCGAGGACGACUAUGACGCGGUGAUGGAUGCCAAUCUCAAGGGCGCCUAUUUUCUUGCCACCGAAGUGGCGCGGGGCAUGGCCGCGGCGGAGAAGGGCGGAUCGAUCAUCACCGUGUCCUCGCAGAUGGGCCAUGUCGGCGGCAUCGACCGCGCGGUCUAUUGCGCUUCAAAGCACGCGGUCGAGGGCAUGACCAAGGCGAUGGCGAUCGAAUGGGGCGCGCACGGGAUUCGCGUCAACACGGUCUGUCCGACCUUCAUCCGCACGCCGCUGACGCAGGCAACAUUCGACAAUCCCGACCGGGUCGCCUGGAUCACCGACAAGAUCAAGCUCGGCCGGGUCGGCGAGGUCGAGGACAUUAUGGGCGCGGUGGUGUUCCUGGCGUCGGACGCCUCGGCGCUGGUCACCGGCACCUCGCUUCUGGUCGAUGGCGGCUGGACGGCGGGCUGA